AUGGCUCCCAAGGUCGGUAUCAACGGCUUCGGUCGUAUUGGACGUAUUGUCUUCCGUAACGCCAUCACCUCUGGUGACGUUGAGGUUGUUGCCGUCAACGACCCCUUCAUUGAGACUCACUAUGCUGCCUACAUGCUCCAGUACGACAGCACCCACGGCAAGUUCCAGGGUUCCAUCGAGACCUACGAGCAGGGUCUCAUUGUCAACGGCAAGAAGAUCCGCUUCUUCGCUGAGCGUGAUCCCGCUGCCAUCCCCUGGGGCCAGGAGGGUGCCGACUACGUUGUUGAGUCCACUGGUGUCUUCACCACCCAGGAGAAGGCCUCUGCUCACUUGAAGGGUGGUGCCAAGAAGGUCAUCAUCUCUGCUCCCUCUGCCGAUGCCCCCAUGUUCGUCAUGGGUGUCAACAACACCGAGUACAAGAAGGACAUCAACGUUCUCUCCAACGCCUCUUGCACCACCAACUGCCUUGCUCCCCUCGCCAAGGUCAUCAACGACAAGUUCGGUAUCGUUGAGGGUCUCAUGACCACCGUCCACUCCUACACCGCCACCCAGAAGGUCGUCGAUGCCCCCUCCAACAAGGACUGGAGAGGUGGUCGUACCGCUGCCCAGAACAUCAUCCCCAGCUCCACUGGUGCUGCCAAGGCUGUCGGCAAGGUCAUUCCUUCCCUCAACGGCAAGCUCACCGGUAUGGCCAUGCGUGUCCCCACCGCCAACGUCUCCGUUGUCGACUUGACCUGCCGUAUCGAGAAGGCUGCUUCCUACGACGAGAUCAAGCAGACCAUCAAGGCCGCCUCCGAGGGCGAGCUCAAGGGUGUUCUCGGCUACACUGAGGACGACGUCGUCUCCUCCGACCUGAACGGUGACAGCCACUCCUCCAUCUUCGAUGCCAAGGCCGGUAUCGCCCUCAACUCCAACUUCAUCAAGCUCGUCUCCUGGUACGACAACGAGUGGGGUUACUCCCGCCGUGUUGUUGACCUCAUUGCCUACAUUGCCAAGGUCGACAGCCAGUAG